UUUUAAAGAAACUGGAUCUACAAUCUAUAAAGAUGAGCAAAAACUUUUACGAGAAUCUAAAUUAAAUAUCUUUAAACGAAAAAAGAAAAAGUUGUUGAAAAAGAAAGAAGAAUUACUUAAUAAACAUGUUCUAAAGGUUAUUAAAGAUCGAGAAGAAAGAUUUACUCAAGAAAAAAUCUCUGGUAAUCAAGCAGAAAAUGAAAAUUCAGAUUUUUGCUUCGCAAUAUCUAUACGAAGCCCUGAAUAUCAUCCCCAAUCCCCAUCACUUUAG